AUGACAUGUCUCUUGGGUAGUGUACUUCAAAAGGCCAAGGAGAAUCCUAUGCUUGAUGGGGUUCUCGAAUCGAGAGUCAAGCGCGUGCAUAUUGAGUUUUCCGACAGUGAAAACCAAACAAAGCCUCACGUUGUGUUGAGGCUUAUACUCAACGAAGGGGUCCUAGCCUUGCAGGAAAAAGGUCGCUGGAAAUCUGCUGGGAGUUGCAUGUUCGACUCGAACAACCGACAGCAAGUUGAAGGUGCUGAAUCCGGAGUUGUUUUUCGGGUUCACGAGCUCUUCAAGGGGCAAACCUGGCAGAUGCACAAGGAUAGCACUAUUGCCUUCAUUUACGACGUGGACCCUGUACAUACAGUCAAGGAGUACGUCAAUGUCAUACUCGGCAAACACAAGGGCCUUCCGGAUGGAGAGAAGUCAAAUCUAUCCUGGUUUGUGCUCACCAGUGUGGAUGAGCACACCCUAGAUGGAUGCCGCGAUGUCGUGACUCAAUGGGUCAUCAGACUUCAUAGGAUGGGAUUCAUGAAUUGGAUCGCUGAUCGUGCCAUGUUAGACGACAAGGAACAGUGCAUACGCUUCCCGCAAGAGUUCGACGCGUUCAUUGCGAGGAGGUUCAAGAACCUCCGGACGGGUUUGAAAAAGCUCAACACUACUCCCAAGGUCGAAAUGACUGGCGAUUACAUCCCCAUGCGCUUCGGGCAUUUUCAAGACACAGCAGUCGCUCGCAUCAUCCAGUAUGGCGAGAUUAUGCUUCCCUAUAGUUACCCAGCUGCGACAAGAACGGAUAGGCGGGAUGAUUGUAUCAUUGUUCCUAGCCCCAGCACCCCCAUGAAAUGA